AUGCUGCCACAAGAACCUCCGUCAUAUGUUCGCAACUUGUGGGCCAUGAUCCACGAUCCGCUGCCACCCGUUUGCCUCCGUAUCUAUAGCGCCAGCCAUUUCGCGCUACUGGCGGCUGUUCCAGAAAUAAACCACCAGUGGCCAACCAUGAUGGCGAACACGGGCAUUGUCUGUAAACCACAUGACACUGCUGUACAUACACAUUCCUUAUCACGAGAAUGGAAAUCCUUUGUCAUGGUGAGGCACACCAACCAUCCGGUCUCUCGCUUGGUAAACUUAUCUCCAUCAUAUCCGGUUGCGCAACCGGAUCCGAGUGGCGCCACUCACCGCCUGAUGCCAGAUGGCGCGAAGUUGUCUGGUUCAUGGCGGACGGGUGUGGUGUUCCGUGCUCGACUUGAUUAG